UUACAUUUUCCAGUCGGCACUCUCCUGGACCAGACGUGACUGACUGACUUCGGAGGGAGUGGACGAGGGCUCCCGCUGACUUUUGGCGUCACAUUUCCCCUCGACAUUUUUACCAUUAUACGUGUUUUUAUCUACCGGGAUCCGAGUGGACGGACUUGCUGCGUGUUGAUAAGGAUCAGGAAGCUGUGACAGCUGUGUUUAGUGGAAAGGAACAUGGCUUCCCAGGCUGAUUUGAUGGAGUUGGACAUGGCAAUGGAGCCAGACCGAAAGGCAGCAGUCAGCCACUGGCAGCAACAGUCUUACCUGGAUUCAGGCAUCCAUUCAGGGGCCACCACUACAGCUCCCUCACUCAGCGGGAAAGGAAAUCCUGAAGAAGAUGAUCUUGACAACAACCAGGCCAUUUAUGAGUGGGAGCAAGGCUUUAACCAGAAUUUUUCCCAGGAACAAGUCCAAGAUUUGGAUGGUCAGUAUGCCAUGACUCGUGCCCAGCGGGUGCGUGCAGCAAUGUUCCCAGAGACUCUUGAAGAGGGCAUGCAGAUCCCCUCCACACAGUAUGACACAGCAAAUCCUACCAAUGUUCAGAGGCUGGCAGAGCCUUCACAAAUGCUCAAACACGCUGUGGUCAAUCUGAUCAACUAUCAAGAUGACGCCGAGCUCGCGACCAGAGCCAUACCAGAACUUACCAAACUACUUAAUGACGAGGACCAGGUCGUAGUAAACAAAGCAGCAGUGAUGGUGCACCAAUUAUCAAAGAAAGAAGCUUCCCGGCACGCAAUCAUGCGUUCCCCUCAGAUGGUAUCUGCCAUCGUCAGGACAAUGCAGAACACAAAUGAUGUGGAGACAGCUCGCUGCACUGCAGGGACCCUCCACAACCUCUCCCAUCACAGAGAGGGUCUGCUGGCAAUCUUUAAAUCUGGAGGAAUCCCAGCUUUAGUCAAAAUGCUUGGUUCACCAGUAGACUCUGUCCUGUUCUAUGCCAUCACAACCCUCCACAACCUCCUGCUGCACCAGGAAGGAGCAAAGAUGGCCGUUCGCUUAGCUGGUGGGCUUCAGAAAAUGGUGGCCCUGCUGAACAAAACAAAUGUUAAGUUCCUGGCCAUCACCACAGAUUGUCUCCAAAUUCUGGCCUAUGGAAACCAGGAAAGCAAGUUGAUCAUCCUGGCUAGUGGAGGCCCACAAGCGCUGGUCAACAUCAUGAGGACUUACACUUAUGAGAAACUACUGUGGACCACAAGCAGAGUUCUUAAAGUCCUGUCGGUCUGCUCCAGUAACAAACCUGCAAUUGUAGAAGCUGGAGGCAUGCAGGCUCUAGGACUGCACUUGACAGACCCCAGCCAGAGACUAGUCCAAAACUGUCUCUGGACACUCAGGAACUUAUCAGAUGCUGCCACCAAGCAGGAGGGAAUGGAGGGUCUGCUGGGAACACUGGUCCAACUACUUGGUAGUGAUGACAUUAACGUGGUGACCUGUGCUGCUGGCAUCCUCUCUAACCUGACGUGUAACAACUACAAAAACAAGAUGAUGGUCUGCCAGGUUGGUGGAAUUGAGGCUCUGGUUCGCACAGUGCUACGGGCCGGAGACAGAGAAGACAUCACAGAACCAGCUAUUUGUGCCCUGCGUCACCUCACAUCUCGACACCAGGAUGCCGAGAUGGCUCAGAAUGCAGUCAGGCUGCAUUAUGGCUUGCCGGUUGUAGUCAAAUUGUUGCAUCCGCCGUCACACUGGCCACUUAUUAAGGCUACAGUUGGUCUGAUCCGUAACCUGGCGCUGUGCCCUGCAAACCACGCUCCUCUAAGGGAGCAAGGAGCCAUUCCUAGACUGGUUCAGCUGCUGGUCAGAGCUCACCAGGAUACGCAAAGGCGCACCAGCAUGGGAGGAACACAGCAGCAGUUUGUGGAGGGAGUUCGCAUGGAGGAGAUUGUGGAGGGCUGCACAGGAGCACUUCAUAUCCUGGCCAGAGACGUCCACAACAGAAUAGUCAUCAGGGGACUCAACACAAUUCCACUCUUUGUACAGCUCUUGUAUUCUCCCAUUGAGAACAUCCAGCGUGUGGCAGCAGGUGUCCUGUGUGAGCUGGCCCAGGACAAAGAGGCCGCAGAGGCCAUCGAGGCUGAGGGAGCGACUGCCCCACUCACCGAGCUGCUGCAUAGCCGCAAUGAAGGCGUUGCCACAUAUGCAGCAGCAGUUCUGUUCCGUAUGUCAGAGGACAAGCCUCAAGACUACAAGAAACGCCUCUCUGUAGAACUCACCAGCUCUCUCUUCAGGACGGAACCAAUGGCCUGGAAUGAAACUGGUGACCUCGGUCUGGACAUUGGUGCUCAGGGAGAGCCUCUGGGCUAUAGGCAGGACGACCCAAGCUACCGUUCCUUCCACUCUGGAGGUUAUGGCGGGGAUUCGAUGGGCAUGGAACCCAUGAUGGACCAUGACCUGGGUGGGAGCCACCACCCUGGUCAGGAUUAUCCCCCUGUGGAGGGGCUCCCUGAUCUGGGACAUACCCAGGAACUGAUCGAAGGCCUGCCACCUGGUGACUCCAAUCAACUGGCCUGGUUUGACACAGACUUGUAAAUACAAAGACCAACAUUACUCGACACUUUCUACUAGCUGUAUCAUGUGAUCUGGAUGAACCUGCAUCUUAAUUCGCCCACAUGGAGGAGGCGGGGUUUUAGAAAGUGCCUGACGAUGACCCAUCCUGUCUAUAAGAGCUCCAUUGGGACAAAUUUGAUAAGUGCGGUUCUGAACCCGGAGGAUGGUGGCUUGACUUCAAAUCCUGAUGCGUCACAUGGAUUUUGAUCAGUUUUAUUUUGGACAAAACAUUUUAUGUACUUUUACAUUUUUACUUUAUUUUUUUUUUUUGUUCGUACUUUUUUUUAAAUUAGUUUUCUUUCCUGAUUUCUAUUAUGGUACACAGUGCGUCGAGCUUGCUUUCCCCCCAUUCUGAAUUAUUAUACUCUUUUGUUUGUUUGUUUUUUCACAACUUUUUUGUAUUUUAAAUCGUAGUGUUUUAUUUUUAGUGGUAAUGCUCCAUCAAAGUAUCUGAUCACAUUUUAAAUGGUGUCCAAAACACUAAGGUUAAAUCAGUUGCAGUGUAACAUUGUGUAGCUUUUGUAUAAAACAUGAAUUGGAAGUUAUGGUCCAAAUAUCGAGCUAUUUUCUUGCUUUAAAGGUGGACACGUAAGGUGUCCCUGCUGUUCCAAAGGGGGUGUAGCAGACCUAGUUGGUGCGGGAGUGAUCUUAUUGGUCUGUUACUCGGCGGGUGGGGGUAGGGUAGUCAGAGGAGCUGGUUGCUUGUAGCCUGCUGUGUUCUGAAACAAUAAAAUGGACUCAUUAUUUCA